GACGAGUGUGAGAUCCUAGAGAAUGACCUGUGUAAGACCGAGUACAUCAUCGCCCGUUCCAACCCCAUCAUCCUGAAGAGACUGAAACUACCUAACUGUGAGGACCUGGCGGGACACACCAGCCCAGAGGCUGCCAACUGCAUGAGAAUAGGGAUCCCCAUGGUCGAGCCCUUCAACAAGAACCACAAGUGUUUCAACAGCAGUGGUUCAGACUUCCAGCGGACGGUCAGUAAGACCAAGUCAGGUCGUCAGUGCCAGCCCUGGAACUCCCAGUACCCUCACAGUCACACCUACCUGGCGGUACAAUACCCCGAGCUCAGCGGAGGACACUCCUACUGCCGUAACCCCGGCAACAAGCAGGAGGGACCAUGGUGUUUCACGCUGGACGAAGGGGUCCGCUUGGAACUAUGUGACAUCCCUGUUUGUGAGUAUAAAGAGAAGCGUGGGGGCAGUAACAUGGAGAUUCUGUACAUCCUGGUCCCGAGCAUAGCCAUCCCUCUGUCCAUCGCCCUCCUUUUCUUCUUCAUCUGUUUGUGUCGUAACAACCAGAAGGCUUCUCACCCCCCAGCCCCCAGACAGCCCAAGCCUGUCAGGGGACAGAACGUUGAGAUGUCCAUGCUCACCAACUACAAACCCAAGGUAUAAGUCCCCCCUCUGUAGCUAAGUCCCCUCUCUUUCGCUCUCUCUCUUUCGUUCUAUCUCUCUCUCUUUUGUCUCUCUCUCUUUCUCUCACUCUCUCACUCUCUCUCUCCCACUCU